AUGGCGAGAGGAGAUCAUCAUCGUAAUGUGUGUAUCAUCCAUGUGUCUGCACAUGGAACAAAUCCUGCAAGUGCUGCUAUGUGUGGAAUGAAAAUCAUUACUGUGGGAACUGACUCCAAAGGUAAUAUCAAUAUUGAAGAGGUACGCAAGGCUGCUGAGGCAAACAAGGAGUAUCUAUCUGCUCAUAUGGUUACCUAUCCUUCUACUCACGGAGUUUAUGAGGAGGGUAUUGAUGAGAUUUGCAAGAUUAUUCAUGACAAUGGAGGUGAAGUUUACAUGGAUGGAGCUAACAUGAAUGCACAGGAAUCUCAGAGUUAUCCAAUAAAGGAGGCAUCUAUUAUUUUUCAAUUUUCAUCUGGUGCUUAACUUUAUCCUGAUUCUUAUAAACAAUGGGAAUCUCAGAGUUAUCCAAUGAAGCGUAUGUUAUUUUGAAGAACAUGAGUGAUCGACAUAGAAGGCAACUUCAAUGGUAAGCCAUCUGACAUUAGGAGCACCACCCAAAAUACAAAACCAGUCCAAUGACAUUGAAAGGAAUGAUAUUAAUAUUUAAGCACAUAUAACAGAUGUUAUCCCUUCUUUUAGGUUCUUGUAACGUUUUGGUCCCUUUUUAAAGAUAUAGGCUUCGUAUAUUCAUUGAAGUUAGUCAACAUACUAUGGUUGGAGGGUCUGUUGCUGCCUCUUCAAGUUCUAAGGUUUUUUUUUUAAUUUCAAAAUUUUCAUUUCUAUGAUUUUCUUUCUUACACAUCAUUUACCUAACAACAUUUGAC